CUUAGUGCCACCACUAGCGUGGCCGCGGGUCCCGGUGAAUGGCGAAAAAUCGCAGAGAAAACAUGCUUAACAAUAAAAAAAGAAGAAAACCAGCAGCUAACGCUGGCUGAUUGAUAUAACGAGGCGUAAGAGACAAAAAUUAUAAGUUAGUGUAGAGAAAAAAUCGCUGCUUGCGAAGAAAAUUCUGGUGGCGAAUUCCUGGCGAUUCGAUGAGCAACAUAAACAUAAACAAAGUGCCCAGGCCGAACCCAAAUGCCAAUGGGAAUCCAGAUCGCCAUCUGAACCCGAAUCGGAGCGUGGAUUCCGAUGAGGAGGAGGAGGGCGAUGGCCGGAUGAGCGACAGUGGGAGCAGCACGGCCAGCAGCCAGCGGAGUCGCACCUCGAGCAGCAGCUCCACGGAUUCCUCCAGUGGUUCGCCGGACGAGGACCCAGAUGGCGAGGACGAGGACAUGACCGACCAGGAUGCGGCCAGUGGCUCGGAGACGGAGGACGACACCACCACCUGUCAGUCGGACGAACUGGAGCUGGCGCAAAUAAAUGGAAGGCAAGUCUUCCGGCUGCCGCGGGGCCUUUGCGAGAAUUCGGCCAUUUUCCAUGAGUUCUUCUCGUUGGAAACCUGGCAAUUGCUGCCUCAUCAUCUGCAGGCCCGUCUGCAGCCCCUGCUGCCGGACUUUUCCGGCUUGGUCUCUGGACAGGCUCAGGCGGGCGCCGAACAGCAGCGCACUCUGGUGCAGCUCUUCAAUGGUGGCCUCCAGCGCUUUGGGCAGUCGCCGCUGCUUCAACUUCAACGACAGCUGGAGGAGGGCAACCUGCGACCGGAUGUCCUGCAGCUCCGGCGGAGUAUCCAACACUCCGGCAGAAGAGAAUUCCGUUUUCAACAAGCCGAACGCUUGAGCCAGCUGGCCAAGGAGCUUUUUCUGUCCAGAGAACAGCUCCUUCAGCAUGCCUACUCCUCUGCCCCGCCCGCUGAAGGCACCUUUGGAAAAUACCUGCCCAAACCACGCCCCUGCAAAAGGAAGCCGCCCGCACUGUCCAUAGAAAAUCGAUUUUGCUCGCAAAGAGCGAAGAAAAGGUACGCCCAGGAGCUGCUAGAUCUCAUGGGCGAGCUGGACGCAAAGCCCGGGGACAUCAGUGCUGAGGAGGAGGAAGAGGAUGAGGAGUGCGCCCAGUUGAUGGACCGCUUGGCCAAGACACCGCAGGAAUUCAAGUUGGAGGAGCCAAAGGCUCCGGAGCCAGUAGGCCCUGGCAGACCAUCGAAUGCGGCAGACAAGAAAUGCAUUUACAACACCUUCUUCAAGCGGCGAUUGGGUGUGGACGAUGACCUGGUGCUGCGCUCCAUGCAGGCGGAGAGGAUACCCCAGCUCAACGACAAGAACUUCCGGAAGUAUUUGAGGGACUACAAGCGGCGGAAAUUGGAACAACCUGAAAGUCCCGAGUUCGAUACUUCGGAGGUGCGUCUGCGCGACAUCUGCACUCGUGCGCAGUUUGUGGGAAGCUUUAAGCCGGGUCGGAAACCAAAAGCGCUUAUGGCACGCCUCAAUCCUGAUCCACCUGCCCUUGUGCCCAUUGGAGGUACGGCAGUGAAGAGCGAGUUUGCGGAUGAGGAGCCCAUGCUGAUGGACGAGCUGCAGCAGCUUUACGGACGACGAGCGCCUGAGGAUCAGCCAGAGGAGCAUGUGCCACCCAAGGAGCCACUGCCUAUGCCAAAGAAAGUUAUACCCGCACCAGUUGUUCUUCCUCAUCCUGUACCCAAGCUGGAGCCUUUGAAUGGACCGAUAGUUUCCAAGGCGAGUCCCACGCUUGCACCCAAUCUAUCGAGCAAGCUUGCUGCUGCUGCUCCUGCAACUGCUGGUCACAUCACCGGCAGUCCCACCCGGGAAUUGCUGAUUCGACCGCCAGCCUCACCCCGACCCGCCUCCUUCUUCUCGCUGUUGAGGGAUCUGUUUGUAUCCACACCGCAGCACCGGCUUACCUACGGGGAACUGCAAAUCCUGCUGGCGAGCUGGCGGGAAAUCAACUCGGAUGCCUCGAUACCCACCGGGGAGUGGCCGAGAUUCGUGCCGGAUUGGUCCAAGUUGCUACAAUCGGCUAUUAGUUUCAUAUCGGGUGAUUCCGGCUCUGUGCCGGCGGAUUAUGUUCCCUAUAUUGAGCACAAAACUCAGUUGGGGAUCUACCAAUGGAUAGGAGCUGGCCGGGACUCCGAUGCGCGACUCCUCAGCCUGUGUCAGUGUUGGUUGCGAACCCAAAGGGAGGAGCAGUCGCAACUUAGUCCUGCUCUGAAUUCGAAUGCUCAUUUAAAUUCUCUGGUGGACGCAUCGCCAACGCCUCCUCCAAGAUGUCCCACCACCUGGACCGUGCGCUCAGCCAGCCAGGCGGAGAUGCUGGAGUUCCAGCGGCAGGAGCGGAUACGCUUCGAGUACCCGCAUCGACCGUUCACCUAUCGUCUCAAUGGGUAUGAGAGUGUGGUGGGUCCAGUCAAAGGAAUCUAUACCCAAAGUCUGCCACUGAACAAAGCAAGGGGUCAUGCCGUCAUGGUCGAUGACCGACCUCCGUUUGUGACCAUUCUCACCCUGGUGCGUGAUGCCACCGCCCGGCUGCCCAACGGAGAGGGAACCCGCUCGGAGAUCUCAGAGCUGCUUAAGUGCUCCCAGUACGUCAGUCAACAAGCUGCGGACAAUGUACUUCAGACCAUCGUGAGUGGUGCUUUGGAUCGGAUGCACGGUGGUCAGGAUCCUUGCGUGAAGUACGAUGCCAGGCGCAAGAUCUGGAUCUAUUUGCAUCGCAAUCGCAGCGAAGCGGAAUUCGAGAAGAUGCAUCGACAUAACCAGACCUUGGUGAAGCAGAAGCAGCAGCAGAGGAAGCAGCUAAACAGGCCAAAGAUCCCUGACGGCGUCGAAAGCUCCGGAAUGGUAGUGGAUCACCAACAGGAGCAACCUCCCGCCUUGGUGCCCGCAGUGGUUUCACCAAUUCCCGUUUCGGUGCAACUUCCAGUGGGUGCUUCGCUGCAUGUGAAGAAGCCACUGGCCGUUAAAUGUCCGCCAGUGCCGCCCCUAAAGUAUCAUAUACCGCCUGGAACGCCCAGUACAGGAACAAUUGUGACCGCCUCAACCAAUCUUAAUCCGAAUCAAAUCCAACUACAGCAGGUACAGAAAUCUCUGCUCAAACCCGUGGGCGUUCCCAACGCAGCUCCAUCGCCCGUUCAACGACAGUUGGGCACUCCCAAAACCGGCAGCUUUGCGAUCUCUAAGAUCAGUCCAACCCGAAAUACUACGCCCAUUUUGGUGUCCACCCCAAGUGGCUUGCAAACCGUGCAUGUAGCAACAAAUCCGACUCAAGCAGCAGGAUCCGCACCGCAAGCAGUAGCCAAGAAGCUGACCAUUAAGAAGCCCGCUCCCGGCAACAAGAUAGGAAACUUUAUCAUCCCGCUGGAGCAACAGCAGCACGUUCAACAGCAGCAGGGUCAGCAUGUGAAGGUGCAACCGAUUACUGGGAAACCCAAAGCUCUCACCAUCACCCCGCGUCCCCAAAUGCCGAAGAACAUUAUCCGGCUGCUGCCUGCUGGUGGCGCCGCCGUAUCUGGCAAUGCCGCAACGAGUCCCAAGCCCGCCUCUGUACAAAUCCUCGGUCCCCGGGUAGUGCCGCAAUCCCAGACAGUGCGACCUGUUCAGCAGAAGAUCGGUGCAGUAUCCAUUGUUGCCAGCAAACCGGUUACUAGUAUUUCCGUCACGGAAACUGCAAAUCCCGUGACCAUCACCACGAGUUCGCCUGUUACCGGGGGCGGAACCAUCGUGAAGAUGUCGCCCCAGGCAUUCGCCAGUCUCCAGCAGCAGCAGCAACAGUUAAAACAGAAGGUGAACAGUACGAGUCCUGCCCUGAACUCACAGCAGCAAAGAAUUAUUGUCGGCAACACGGCCAUUUCCUCGAACAAAAAGAUCGUAUUCCAGUCGCUGACGAAAGCAGCACCAAAAAUACUCACCACAUCGCCGAGUGGCUCGGUGGCCAAAGCAACGACGAGUUCAUCGCCGCAGCAGCAGAGGAUUGUGUUACAGAACUUCAAGCAACCCGUGAUGGCCACCAACCAAUCUGGUACACUAACUGCUCUGGGGGGAAAUGCAACGCGUGUGAUUCGAGCAACUCCAGCGACUGCGGUAGGAACUGGAGGAGUAGUGGGAGUAGGCAACUCCCCUCAAGCUGGCGGGCAAAUCAUAACUCUGGAUAGUCUCCUCCAAAAGCAACCUGCUGGAGCAAAACUUAUCACCAACUCUGGCAACAAUAUCUUCCAGUUGGCCACAUCGUCGUCGGGGAAUGUGAUUACCCUAAAUCCCAACCAGGCGACCAAGCAGUUGCCCACAAUGGCACGUAUUGUGAAUGCGACCAGUACGACCACUGCAGCUGGUGGCAUGUCAAACAUGGUGCCAAAGAUAAUUGGCAAGACGACGGUGCUGCCGGGAAAACCAUUGCUCCUGCACGCCAAGACGUUGAAACAGCUGGGCGGCUGCGGUGUGGCCACCACCCAGACCACAACGGCGACAACCACAGCGGUGGCGGCAGUGGGAGGCGGAGGAGCUGUGGUUACCGGCUCGGGAGUGGUGAACUCAGGCGUGCGAACGACUCAGAACAUUGUGAUUGGCGGUCAGACCGUAAAGCUGCAGGGCGCGAUUUCCGCGCGAGGUACCGGGGCACCUGUACAGACCGUCAUUAUGGGCAACCAACUCCUGCGGCUGGCCACCAACAGCGGUAGCAACAGUGCAACCACUUCCACUGGCGGCAUGGUGACGGCGCCCAAGACGGUGUUAAUCGGAGCGGGAGGCACACAAACACUGCGCCUGGCCAAGAACGUGCUGGUGGCCAAUAAGCAGAUCGGGAGUACCGCAAACUGUAGCAUCGUUAGCACCACCGCGACAGCAACUCCAGCGGCGACAGCGACGGCGACGACUGGCAACAAUCUUGUGUUCGCCGUGCAAGGCAACGGCGGGCAGCUCUUCUUCUCGCCGGGACUGCAGGGCAUGAACCUGAAGCCGCUGUCCAGCUUAAAAGUGAUACCCAUGGCCACAGCGGCGGCAGCUGGUGCAGCAGCGGGCGGAAAAAUCUCCGUGACGACGGUGGCCGGAGAGACGGGAGGCAAGGCGCUGACCACAAAACUGAUCCCCGCCACGGUUCUCAAGACGGCCACGGGCAGUGGCAACUAGGAGGCUCAGGAGCGGAGAGGCUUGUUAACCACGUUGUUUACCCUUCCUUGGUUAAACUUUCUUCGAUUUUGUUUUAACAACUCGUGUAAUUUAUCUAUGUAGGCAGAAAGUUUGCAAAUAUUGCUUCGUACUAAGUAAAAAUAAUGGACAGCGAUAGAAAAGUCCCAUCCAGCAACCAAUUUUAUGGAACAGUUUAUAAAAUAAAUAUUAAUAUAGAGACACCCAAUAAAACUCAGAUGAAACCAGA